GUAAAUUUUCCUUUGGGACAGAUGGAUCGUAUGAGAUUGCGAAGGUUGGAGAAAGAACUACAGCGCUAUGAGCAAGAUCGGCCUUCUGGGGUUUCUUAUUGGCCUGUCAGUGACUCCACAGAAAGAUAUGAAGGCACCAUUUCAGGGCCCGAAGGAUCACCAUAUGCCGGAGGAAAUUUCAAACUUGAAAUUACCAUCCCACCGAGGUAUCCCAUGGAACCACCGUGGAUGAAGUUUGUUACGCCGGUGUAUCAUCCGAAUAUCGACAGUGAUGGACGAAUUUGCUUGAACAUCUUGAAGCCGCCGCCGGAUGGUUGGAAUCCCAACUUGACCAUUGCCUCGGCUCUCAGUCAUCUUCGAGUCCUGCUAAGUGACCCAAAUCCCAACGAUCCACUCAUGAUUGAUAUUGCGAAAGAAUUGGAAAGCAACCGAGAGAUAUUCAACGAGCGGGCGAAGGCGCAUACGGAAAAGUACGCCAAGAAGAAAAGAAGUAGCGAAGGCAUCGAGAACGAGGAAAAUGCGAACGAAACUAAGAAACUGCAUUCGGGUAAACUUUGCUUCUUCACCCCACGAUUUCCCCAAUCGUUUAUAAAAGCCAUGGAAAACUUGGGGCGAGUGAAGCAGUUGUCAAGUUUUUCUGUUUGUGUCCAAUUUUACGAUGUCGAGGAUGCUUUUGAUCGUGGGUCUGUUCGGGUUGUUCAUGAGCGGGUGCCUAUAUGCUUUGAAUUGCUUUUCCUCAAAGAUGCCCAAGGAGCUUAUGAAACCGUGGAAGAUUUAUUUUUGGGACUUGAGACCGGACAUAUUGUGUCACUCGUCGCCAAUGCUGCGGCAUGUAUUUCGAAUUUUCCUCCGUCGAUCAGGGAUCAAAGCAUACAUAUGGUUCUACGUCACUGGAAUAUUGUGACCUCAAGUGCUGAAGGACGCUACGUCGUUGUGAACGAUCAUUACAAAGGCCUGAACAGCGAUGAGUGGAUUGUGAGAGAAGCAAAGCUGUACUCCGAUGGACGCGUUACCAUUGAAAGCCAUGUGAUUUUGGCACUGGAUUCCACCGAGGCGGAAGUCGAGAAAGUAGAAUGCUUGUUCGGCGAAGGAGUUGUUUUCCACCGUAUGACCGGAGAUCUCGACGAAACAAUCGUGUCCGAUACGUAUGCCAAGCUGAAAAAUGAGAUCUUGCUUGGCCGUCAUGUCGUAGCAGUUGUGAAGAUUCGUGGCUGUUCUGGAAGCUUGCCCUCAGGAAUCACAGAAUACACGUUUGGCGUGAAUAUUUGGAACUUUGAGUUUGAGCACGAAGGAGAAUUAACGCGGGAAAUUUUGAGGAUCUACACGGACUUCGUAGAGCCCGAGCCUGUCGGGGGUUUGAGGAGAAGUUUAGGAAUAUCUUUCGUCCGAGACGCCACAAGCACAAUUAUCAGCCACAAUGCAUUCCUUUCGGAUGGAACCAGUAUAUCCACGUCUGUUCUCCCAACGGCAACGUACACGUGUAACCUGAAUUCGGGUGUAAUUUUCUACACAAGACGGUAUGAGAAGGACGGAUCAUACAAUACGUACAGUGAUUUGAAAACAGCUCUAACGGCCGGGCAUCAGAUUCAAAUGGUGACUUUCCCACGUUACUGCGAAGCCAAUGUCCAGCCCCCGCUUCCUGACGUUGGAAACAAGAUUGUGUCUCACAUGUUCGACUCGUGGACAUUGUACAAUUCGACCAGCGAUGAGUCAAUUGCUUUCUUCGUUGAUGGGCUACAAACCGAUGGCAUUUACAACAUUUCUGAAGCCGUUGUGUAUCCAGAUGAUUCCAUGCACUAUGGAUUGGUUUCCCGGUUGGUUACUGACGACGAAAAUCCCAUUCUUGAAGGCACGUGGGUUUGCUUCGUGGGAAGUUCCACAAUUUUCCACGCUAGUGUUGCUGACAAAUCGCUUGUGACGAGUUAUCCAUCAUUGGAGGAUGCUUUUCGAGGUUCGGGUGCCAUUUUUGAAGCUGUGCUGGACCUUUCCAUGUGCAAUGUCACCGGUGAUGAUAAUUCUACCCAUGUCGCUUUCAUCAUGUGGGAAAGUUUCCUUCUAUCUGGAGAGAACCCAGCCUUUGAGGGAUUUACUACGAGUUUCGCAGAAGACUUGACCGUAGAAGAAGUGCAAAUAGAUGACCUUGCUAUUGCUGUCAGACAUCUGCGAAUCACGCCUGACGGUUCAGCCAUUUACACUUUCAAGAAGUUUUCAGCUACGAGUUUUGUGGCAGAAACUGUUAUUGAAGCUGUUUGCAACUGGGGAUUCGGGAUGAACAUCUAUCACUACUACUUUUGAAUGAAGUUCUUCUAUAAUCUUUGAGUUUAGGGUGUACAUCUAUCAUUACUGCCUUUAAUUGAAGUGAUCACUUAAAUUAUGAACAUUAAUGAUAAAUUCACACCCUGAACUUCAGGAGGAAGAAUUGCCUUUCGGGUAUUUAUAAAUGAUGUUCCAUCUGUGUUCUAAAGACAAAGAAAGCAUGAGAGUGACAUCUGAAAGA